UCGUCGCGCCUGCGCGCUGUGGGCGGCGGGCAGCGCAGAGUGCGAGGCUCUUUUGUUCGGCUGAGGGGAGGGCCAUUAGCCGGGGCCUGCGAUACGCCGCUUCAGUUUGGGGGUCGACUGUGGCCACCCGCUUAAGUUGCUCUACCGGGCGCCACUCCCCCGGCCAGCCGGACACGACGCGACGCGCCAGCCGCGCGGUACCGAUUCUUCUCGGACACUUGGGCGCUGCGCUGAGCAGCGUCACCUUCACACCAGAAAGCUGGCGGGCACCAUGGGCAAGAAACAGAACAAGAAGAAGGUGGAGGAGGUGCUGGAGGAGGAGGAGGAGGAGUACGUGGUGGAGAAGGUGCUGGACCGCCGCGUGGUGAAGGGCAAGGUGGAGUACCUGCUCAAGUGGAAGGGCUUCUCCGAUGAGGACAACACGUGGGAGCCCGAGGAGAACCUGGACUGCCCCGACCUCAUCGCCGAGUUUCUGCAGUCACAGAAGACGGCACACGAGACAGACAAGUCAGAGGGAGGCAAGCGCAAGGCGGACUCAGACUCGGAGGACAAGGGGGAGGAGAGCAGACCCAAGAAGAAGAAAGAGGAGUCGGAGAAGCCACGAGGCUUUGCCCGGGGUUUGGAGCCAGAGCGAAUUAUUGGCGCCACGGACUCCAGUGGAGAGCUGAUGUUCCUCAUGAAAUGGAAGAACUCCGACGAGGCUGACCUGGUCCCCGCCAAGGAGGCCAAUGUCAAGUGCCCACAGGUGGUCAUCUCCUUCUACGAGGAGCGGCUGACGUGGCACUCCUACCCCUCGGAGGACGACGACAAGAAGGAUGACAAGAACUAAGUCCAAGGGCAACCCUGAGGCCCCCGAGUCUGCAGGGAGGGAGGUGUCCUGCUGGUCCUGGUGCCACAGCGGCUCAGGAAGAUGUCCUUUGAAGAGCCAGUAUCCUGUCCACGCCCUGCACUGCCCAGGGUUGGCCAGCCACUCCCGCUAUGCAGCCGAGGAGGACGGACCUGGUGGGCCAGGGCGGGGCAGGCCGAAAGGUACUGUUGUCUUCAAAGAGCAUCUCCGCAGCCGGCCCUCCUCCUCCCAUAGCUCUGACUUGGAGCGUUUCUGCGGUGUAGCAUGUGUGUAGUUUUCGGCUAUUCCCAGGGUGUGGGGUGGGGCGGGGGGGACGGGCAGGGUCACCUGAGGAAGCUGGGUCCUUGCUAGGGACCUGAUGAAACAAGGCCUGGACAGAACAGCUGACCAGAUGGUUCUGUGUUCAGAGUAUUUUGCCUUCCGGAAACGUCAUCGGCACCUAGACAGGACUGAGAGACUGGUGUAGAAGCUGUGAAUGCCCGAGCCCAGGCCAAGGGCCCCUGGAGCUGCACUCAGCCCCCAGGAUCUCAAGGCCCCAAGUUACCAAAGCAGCCGUUAUAGAGCUGGGGACACCGAGGCAGGCCUUCGCCCGGCAGUGCUGGUGCUGAGCCUUGAGGCGAGGCCCGUCCUUUCCCCACUGUCCAUCCACGCAAGGCCACGUGGGGGUGUGGGUCCAGAUGGUGGGCGCUUGGGGCCUUGGGAUUCUGAGCUUUGAAUUGUGAAGCCCUGAGUGACAGAGUCGGGGCACGGACAGCACAGUGUCAUUGCGUGUCUCAGUAGCCGUGGUCUCCGGAGAGCAGCUUUUACAUGGGAGCAGUGGGUCACCCCAAAACACAAAGCCGGUUCUGAAAGGAAGAAGAUCUUAGGAGUAAACGCCAACGUCCCAAACCUCUGCCUCAGACUUCGAGGUCCAGCAGCUCCCUGGUGGCCCCAAGCUGCGCCCAGGUUGGGCCAUGGCGGAGCUGUGGGGUUCUCUAACCGUAAACUCUACACUGUCGGGUUUUGUCGUAAUAAAGGUAUAGAUUUAUAA